ACAGCGGGUUAAAGAGGCUUCGAAGCACCGGUCUCAAUCACUAUUUCAAGAAGUCCAUCGAUUGGAUCCUUGUACUGGUGAGUCCCAGGAAGCUUGUGUCUGCAGAAAGGCUUCGUGUUUGUCCAACCCAGCUCGUCCCUCACAAAAUAGCAGUAAUAGAGGUCUUUUCAUUUUAUCAUUUCGACUGAAUUUUAUUCAGUUACACACUGGUGUUCAGCUAGACCACCUGGACGCUGGAUUGGCGACGGAAAAGCAGUCGUGGAAAGACACAUUGUCAUAUCGAAUCCGUCAAGGAGACGCGAAGUACUUCAAGGGUUUUUAGUCCGACUGGAACAAGAGAUCAAUCAGGAUGUUAGAGGAAGCGAGAGCCAAAGUCAUGGAGGUGUACGACCUCUUGCUAGCAGGAAGAGACCCCAGAGUAAGGGAGUACCCAUUGAUGGAGAGCCCAGUAAACAUGACAGCCAUCUUGCUAAGUUAUAUUUUCUUUGUGCUGUAUGCUGGACCACGAUUCAUGGCCAACCGAAAGCCCUUUCAGCUCAAGGAGGCCAUGAUCGUCUACAACUUCUCAUUGGUUGCCCUCUCCUCCUACAUCGUUUAUGAGUUUUUAAUGUCUGGCUGGGCCACAACAUAUACCUGGAGAUGUGAUCCAUGUGACUACUCAGACAGUCCUCAGGGACUGAGGAUGACGCGUGUGGCCUGGUUGUUCCUUUUCUCCAAAUUUAUUGAACUGAUGGACACGGUGUUCUUCGUACUCCGUAAGAGGCAUGGCCAAAUCACUUUCUUGCACAUCUUCCAUCACUCAUUCAUGCCCUGGACCUGGUGGUGGGGUGUCAGCUAUGCUCCAGGCGGAAUGGGUUCCUUCCAUGCCAUGGUGAAUUCUGUCGUCCAUAUCAUCAUGUACUUCUAUUAUGGUCUCUCUGCCGCUGGACCUCGAUUCCAGAAGUACCUCUGGUGGAAGAAGUACAUGACUGCAAUCCAGCUGAUUCAGUUUGUGCUGGUCUCUCUUCACGCCACUCAGUAUUACUUCAUGGAGAGCUGCGACUAUCAGAUGCCCCUUUUCAUCCACCUCAUUUGGGUGUAUGGUACCUUCUUCUUUGUGCUCUUCUCCAACUUCUGGUACCAGGCCUACACCAAGGGCAAGAGGUUGCCCAAAAACGUCCAACAGCAGCAGCUCAAUGGCUACCGUGGCAAGGCUAACGGGGUGUCCAACGGCUCCACCGUGUACACCAAUGGAAGCACAGCGGUCUCCAACGGUAAACACCAUGAGAACGGAAGCACCAACGGCAUGAAGCACCACGACACCGGCAGCACCCACAACGGAAAGAUGAAGAAGGCCUAAGCUAGGCCCACGAAGAACACCCCAAGACGCAUGAUGACGAGAACCUGCAUACGCAGACGUGGUUUCCAAAGAGUGUUUUGGCAGUGUUUUUCAGAUUUAUAAUUGUCAUUAUUAUUAUUAUAUGUUUAGGUUUUGUUUUAAAAAAUUGUGCAAAAGAACAUGGGGAGAUGAAUGAGCUUUGGACCCAUUUUGUAUAUUAUGUUUUGUAAUUUUUUUUGUGUGUAUGUAUUUUUUUUUUCCCUCUCUUUCUCUCUUUUUUUUUUUUUUUUUUGUUCACAUAUGAGAAGAAAAUUAUGGAGCACAAUGUAUGAAGGGAAGACUUGAUCUAAUGACUAUGUAAUCUUCACUGAUGUUGUCCAUAACAACACAAUUCACAAAAGCAUAGGGGCUGUGCACCAUUGUUCUCUUCACUAACACCGUCCUAAACUCACUCAGACUCCCCAGUGCCGCCAAACAUUGUACAGCUACCACCAAUAAACUCUUUAAGUCUACUAUGUAAAUAUUUUUACUCCAAGAACUAAUGGGACUGAUGUGGUUUAGAUCUAAAUUUUGUUACUUCAUGUAUAUUAAAUUAAGUACAAAUAAAUUCCAUUUUAAAAUA